AGGGAAUAUCCUAUUCAUGAAAAAGGUUUUUCAGCAGGCAAAGUGCAACUGAACGUAACUUGGGCGGUCACUGCAGACUUGCCAAAGCUUACAUCCAACUGGACAUAAUUCAGUGUUAUAGUUCAUGCAUAAAACUGAUGUCCUCCAGAGAAUGCCGACUUGCAGCUGAAAGUCAGAUUGUCCCGAACAUCGAUAUUUGCAGAAAACACACAACUCAAUCUUUCGAUCAUCGAUGGAGGACAACCAGCCCUUCUUUAUUGACAGGCAGCCAUUUUUAUUCAAGAUAAAAGGAGGACCAAAACUUCCAGAUCUGACGGUUACGAAUGAGGACUUGAGCCGACUCGCUGAGGUUUACACGCGAGGACCAGACAGUACUCAGGAGGCCACUUGGCGAAAAUACAGGCAUUGCAAAGAGCUUUCUGACAUAAUGGAUGUCUUGUUGCCGAAAAUUAGACUCUUUAAUCAGCCUCCCUAUGGAAUGUACGGCGUCAAUGGCUCCUUGGAAAACUGGAAGAGUCUCCGUGAUAAUGCCAAGAACUGGAAGAAGAAGGAAGGACCUGGAUCCUUGACGCAGCUACGCAAUGACGCUCUUGCUGAGGAACAGGACGACGGUCAACCUUAUGUUUCUGAUGGGUCGCAAGACAGUGCACAGGAGAAGGAGGGGCAUGUCGAAGAUCCUAUCAUCGUUUCUAACCAGUCCAAGCCCUCGGGGGAGGAUCGCCUGCGCAAGCGCCGAUGUCGAGCAAGUGGCCUUCCCGAGACGGGUGAUCUCCGUGCGCGCAGAGUUGCCUCAGCUCCCAACAGCAAGAAACACCCCCGGAUAGGAAAGACAAGAGAAGCGGAGCAAAAAUUGAUGAAUCAGCCUAAACAACUUCUAAGUCCUUCCGAGUCUUACAAAGAUUGUGCCAAGGCGCGAGCAAAGUGCUAUGUGGAAGACGCACGUAUAAGGGCCUUGAACGACACUAGCGUUGGCAGAAAGAAGUUGCUGAAGUGCAUCCGCUGCGUUGUAUAUCAAAGGGUCUGUGGACUUGAAGAGAAGAUACGUGAGGAACUACUGAAACGCUUGGAAAAGCCUUGAAGAACUCAUCUGGAUGCAUCUUCCUCUCUUUUUUUGCGAGCAUUGGGAUGCAAGUAUCAGAAUAAAGUAACACAGAGCGUCACAAUCUUUCCCAUUUCAAAGCCAAUACGUACAACUGACCAGUACUUUCUUGGAGUAUCCAGUUGAAGGGCCUUGCAAACGAGAUCAGAAAAUUUUACAAGUCUGGUCUAAUUGUAACGAUGAUUUCUAUAAGAUCCAAUGGAAAUUUGGCAGCAUCGUCCACCUGUAUCGUGCUACUCAGCAGCGACGAGUCCAAUUGGCGAUUGGGUAGUUGAACUGACGUAAUUGCCUAAAACGCGUAUCACGUGAUGAAUUCUCUGUCAACCCAG